AUGCCCUUCUCCAGCGGGGUGCUACCAGGAUGCUCCAAGAGGGAGGAACCCGCCCUGGGCCCGCCGUGCCCCUUCGAGGGGGUGGCCUGGACCCCAAGACCCCCUCAGGGCCACCCACAGGGCUGCUUCACCUGCAUCGCCAAGCCCCCGGCUCUCCGGGAAGCUUCGCCCGUCCUGUCUCCUUCUUCCGCCAUUUAUCUUAUGGAGAGCAAGAGCUGCAAAGGGGACAGCCUGCGGCCAGCAGUCCCGUGCAAGCACUCAGUGGAGAAGAAGACGAUGACCAACCCCACCACUGUCAUCGAAAUCUACCCUGACACCACGGAGGUGAACGACUACUAUCUCUGGUCCAUCUUCAACUUCGUAUACCUCAACUUCUGCUGCCUCGGCUUCAUCGCCUUGGCCUAUUCAUUGAAAGUCCGGGAUAAGAAACUUCUCAAUGACUUAAACGGAGCAGUCGAAGAUGCCAAGACAGCCCGGCUUUUUAACAUCACCAGCUCAGCCCUUGCCACCUUCUGUAUCAUCCUUAUCUUCAUCUUCCUGCGAUACCCCCUCACUGACUACUAGAAUGAGGCCAACAGCAGCGGCCGCCGCCAAGAUGCCUCCAUGCCAGAAGUGUCUGCAGUUGUUUCUUGUAGCAAGGACACAAAAAAAAAAAAACCCAACACUCCUCCUUGAUUGC